CCUGAAACUUGUAAAUAUAGUUACCCAAAGGUAACAUAGAUCAGGUUGCCUUCUGAUCUCUUAAUUACGGGGGAUUGGAUGUUAUACUCAUUGUCUCCGGGGAGGUUCGCGCCAUUGUAUAACUAAAACAUAUUGUACAUAACGACAGGCAGAAUACCGUAAACAAACGUUCACCCCUUGAUGACGAUGGAGUGAGUACCAUUAUGCCAGUAGAACAACAUCACAGAUUAACUCUGUGUUUCCCCUUUUCUAUAGCCUUCAGGUUAGGUCGGUUGGUAAUUCUGACACAUAUAUUAUAUUGGGGCCGGUCGGGUUCGUUAGCAAUGAACCAAUUCGAUAAACGCUGAUGGAAUUUAUUUGCAUAUAUCGCGUAAUGGACAGGUUUUAUAGGAUACAACGGAGAUUCGAUCAGAUGGUGCGUUACGGUAUUGUUUAUGUUGUAUUGAUUCGUUUAUCCUUGUCUGAACCCCCUUCAACAACAUAAUCGAUGCGUGAAACUUACUAGUAAGAAUAUAAGUGCGCGAACAUUAUAAAUAUCGUGUAAUAGGGAAAACAGUUUAGAGCAUCAAUCGAAGUUACGGCAUGGAGUAUGAUGAUUAUGAGGAUUUUGAGAGCUGCAUGACAUACGAUGGCCCAAAACCUAUCGUCAGGAGAAGAGUGGAAUGGACACCAGAAGCUUUGUUGCGGCUACUUGCUGAUGCCAUUACAUACAAAUCUCCAAUCGAAGACAUAACAUUGAUCAUCCGAUGCGGGGCUGAUGUCAACGGACGUGUGAAGAAGGGAUUACGACCUCUACAUUACGCUUCAUUUGUAAACUAUAUAGAAUGUGUCCACGUCUUGUUGGAAAAUGGCGCCGAUGUAAAUCUGACCGACGAUAUAGGCUACACCCCUAUGCAUAUUUGUGCAAGAAGGGGUUUUCACAAUAUUUUGAACGUCUUAAUCAAACACGGUGCACAUUUGAAUUUCUGCAAAGAGAAGGAGAUAGAAAAGGAUAAUUUAAAUGAGAAAGACGAAUCAGUGGCCAUGUCUCCGCUAAGUAUGGCGAUCGAAAACAAUUACAUCGAAUGUACAAGGAUUUUGCUAGAAAACGGGGCUAGUCCUACUCAUAAAUAUUUCAUGGGAUAUGAAAUAAGUAUAGUGCCACUGGAUAAUUUAGAAUGUAUGGAACUUUUGCUAAGCCAUGGUGCGGACCCAAACGUUUAUAACAGAUGUGGCGUAACUCCUUUGAUGAGGGCCUGCAAGGAGCAAAAGCUAUCAACUGUUAAACUUUUGUUGAAGUAUAAUGCCGAUGUAAAUGCCACAUGUCCUGCUAGAUUUGAACAACGGAGCCCACUUCAAUGUGCUAUACAAUCAGGAAAUACUGAAAUCACUGAAUGUUUGCUGAAACAUGGUGCCUUUUUGAACCGUCCUGACACCCAUAAAAACAGUCCACUUCAUGAAGCAAUUGUUAGAGACAACAUCGCUAUAUGUGAGCUUUUACUCAAAUAUCAUGCUAAUGUCGAGGAAAGGACCGAAAGUGGUGCCACACCAUUAAUGCUGGCUUGUGCUACAGUCGGCCUGAAAAAACGGCGACAGAUCGUUGAGUUACUGCUUAAUAAUAACGCCAACGUCAAUGCUUUCUCAGAAAACUCAAGUUACAGAGACCCAUAUCUUCCUCCUCUGAUAGAGUACUUGAAAAAUAAUGGAUGUGAUAUUCAUUUUGACGUCAUUUCUUUGCUCAUAAAAUUUGGCGCCAAAGUAAGUUUUCGUGGAUAUCUUGGAGUCGUUCGAGCAAAGGACCAUUUCGGAAUCCUCCAUUACAUGCACAAUGUAUUUGGAAAGAAGGAAAUUUGUCAUUUACUUUUUGUGGCUGCUUGUCUUUAUGAUAAUGAUAGCAUUAAGCAUGUUAACACAGUUAAUGUAGAAGCCAAAAAAUGCCUGAUGUCCUACGGGUGUCAGCCAAGAGAACUAAAACACCUUUGUAGGUUGUAUAUCCGGGAUCGAAUUUGUACCGGACUGCCCGAGAAAGUCAAAUCCCUCCCUCUUCCAAGUCUUCUCAAGUCCUACCUCCUCUUUGAUCUAUGAUAAAGAACUAUUUUUAUUAGUAUAUAGAAUUGUUGCAACUGUUUAAGAGUUUAUUUGUUAUAGUGCAGAAUCUCAACAUUAAAAUGUGAAAAACAAA